AACUACCACCGGCCUCGUCCCCACGACGAUCACGCCCCAGAUCUACCCACCCACGCAUCCAGCCACCCCACCAGGGCACCAACUAAACCACCACGCAUCCGUCGUCAUCCAUCAACGCAGCGCAGCGCAGGGGUCCUCCACUCCUCCCCGGUCAUUUGCUCGUCCUCCCUCCGCCUGCUGCUCUCCCCCGCUCCCGCGCCGCGCCGCAUCGUGUCCUCCGCCGGACGCGGAAGGGACGGCGCCAUUGGCGCCUCCGCUCCAACUACUCGUCCGGAAGCGCCCCCGCACCAGCAGGUGUAAACAUGCUUCAUCAUUCAAACAGCCGGAACCAAAGGAACAGGGGAUCAAGAAUCAAAACACUACUCCAAGCUACCUUACUUGUAGGUGUUAUUUUUUGGCUUCUGUAUCAGGUGAAGCAUUCCUAUGAUAAGAAAAAUGAGUACUUGGAUGAUGCUGAGGACCAGCCUGCCCAUAAUGAUAGAAGCAUGUUCCAGGGGAGGAAAGAAAAAGCAGGUAGUUACAGCGAUAGCAACGUGGAAGUGGUUGGUAAACCAGAGGAAGGUGCUGUAGAUCAUCGUUCGGAUAUGGAUACUUUUGAUCGUAAUGAGAAGGGUGGACAAACUGUAUUUGAUAAAGACAGUACUGACUUGCAUGAAGAUGACAAGAGAAACACUGAGCUGUCAGAAGCUGAAAAAGGACAAGUCAAUAGUGCAGAUGGGAAUACAGAAGCUCGUAGUAAUAAUGUUGAAGAUGAAACCACUGGCCAUGCAGAAGAAAACAAGCAUGAUACUGAAUCCAACUCUGACGCUGAAGGUAAAACUGAAGUCCAUUCAACUGCUGAUGAUAUGUCCCAAAACAAUCAAGCGCAAGAGGAAAGCACUGGUGAGACAAGUGGAACAUCUCAUGAUGAAGCGGUGCAAGGUGAUGAAUCCACCAGUGCAAGCGGCAAUGGAUCGGAUGGGGAAGAGGGUGAGAAAAAGGAGGCAGUGGGUACUCAAACUGGCUCUGAAUCCCUUCCUGAUGAUGCCAAGACCGAAACAAGUGAUGACCACAGUACUGGCAGUCUUCCUGAUGAAACAGGGAAUAUACCAUCGGUUCAUACAGAGAAUUCACAAAAUGAUGCUAGUGAAAACCAAGGUGAUGCAGCUUCCACUACCUCUGGUUCUUCUGAGCACAGCACUGAAGAGUCUGUCCAUAUUGAGACUGGAUUAGAAGAUGAAAGUACAACGUCAUCUGGGACUGGAUCUGGUGGUGAUAAGGGCAACUUAUCUGAUAACACCUCUGCAGAAGAAAACACCAGGUCAGCACCUGAUGAUGAUAAGGGUGCAGAAACAGGUACAGCCAACGAGGCAUCGAAUUCUUUGGACAACAGUGCUGUAACUGACCAGGCCACAAAUACUGAAGCAGAGAACUUUCAAGGAGGUUCUUCUGUUGAAGGAGUGAAUGGUUCCUCAGAAGAGACGUCUAACAAAAUCGAUGGAGCUACUGAAACGUCUAACAAUGGUGCACAGUUGGAUUCCAAGAUUGAAAUCAGCACAUCUACCAGCGACAAGCACAACAAAUCUCAAGGUGGUGAUGGUGGUGCCGGAUCCAGUGACUCAAAUGGCAGUGGCCCUGAACAAACCGGUAAAACUGAAAGCCAGUGAGAGCACCAUUUGGACACGGAGCAUUGUUUUAGUAUACAGAUUUGUUCCUGGAGAAUGAAGAGGAGCUAGUGCACAUAGAAAAAACUGUUCAGAUUGUGGCUUAUCGUGAUUUUAGUUGAUACUGCCAAUGUACACUUGUGGCAAUGGGGUGCAGAUUGUGUGAUUGUUUGUCCGCAAUGCUGUUGCUUAUUUCUUAUCAGAUUGUACUAAGGUGCGUCCUUUGGCUGCACGAUUGUUAAUCAUCUCUACGUGGUACUCUGUUCAUCGUUUGAUAUUAUGACAUAAGAACUAUUGUAACUCGAGGGCCGGAUCCCUCAAUUGGCUGUAGACAUUCUCUUGAGAGUGUUCAAGGCCGGGACAUUACUUUAUCUAAAAAAGCUGGGGGUGAAACGUGGUUUGGUUA